GGCCCUUGCCCAAUCGCAAGAGAAGAGCAAAACGGCCCCGGCCUCCGUCUCGGUUCUCGCAUUCGUGCGCUUCCUCUCCGCAAGGCUCCUCCUCCGUCCGCUAAUUCCCCUUGACCAGACGAGCAUGGCAGCGAACUUUGCAGCAAACUACGCUGCGCCUCCUGUCUUUGAGUCCGCGAAGCGGCAAGACCUUGCGUUUGCUUAUUCCGGCCCAUCGUUGCCCCAGCAACCACAGCAGGUGCAAUUUCCACCCCAGCCAGGCAAUUCCCAUGGAUUCACCAUCCCCAGCCAGUCGGACGGUUUUCCUCAGCAGUUUCAGCAGCUGCCGCAGCAGUUCCAGCUUCAGCUUCAGCAGCAGCAGCAGCAACAACAACAACAGCAGCAGUAUCCUUCCGGCGGCAUGUACCCUACGGAUCAUGGCGGUUUGGGAGGUGCCCAAAAUAGCAGUAUCUCCACCACCAACGACGACUUUUUCGACAUGCUAGCCGGCAACAUCCUGCUUGCCGGUCCCGAGCCGGAUUAUGCUCGGGUGCAGAAGAUCUCUGAGGAUUAUAUGCGAACUGGCGAGCCUCCAUACAUUGGCUCGGCCACCGUCUUUGGCCACAUGUGGGAAGAUACCUGGCAAGAGCCCGUCGUUCACCACCAGCUCCAACAGAGUCAGCCACUGCACGAGCAACUCCACCAUGCACAAUACACACAGCAGUCUCAGCAAUGGGUGCCUCGGUUACCUGCCGAAGCCGAGCCGUUGCAGCAAAUCAUGGCUAAUCUCCCCCCACAGCUACAGCAACAGCAGCAGCCGCUCCAGCCCCAGUAUCAUCCACAGCAGCAGCAGCGACAGCAACCGCAGCAGCGGCAACAGCAAUACCAACAACCGCAGCAACGGCAGCAGUAUAUCACGCCUGUCGCCCAGAUCCCUCAGAGAUUCCCCCAAUCGCAGCAGAAUCAUCCGCAAACGCGGCCACAAUUACAGUCUCAAGUCGGCAUCAAUAAGCAGCACUCGUUCUCCAAUGACUUUAGGCCUCCACUCGGCGACCGCCAGACUUCGCAGCCAGAGCAUGUCCAGUUCAGUAGCAUCAACUGGGACCUACAGGCCAGUCUGGGAAAUAUGACGCCCUCGGUUGCUGCGUCUACGGCAUCCAAUUCACCCGUCUCCCACAUGACUCCGAUUAGCUCGCUGCAAUCCCCGAAUUUAUUCCAAUCGUGGGACAGUGCCGGUCCUUCACCUAUCGCUAGCAAUUUGGACCUUUCCUCGCAACCCAGUCCGCUUCAGUCGUCAUUUCAGCCUGCCAAUCGGUCGCAUUCGGCUUACCAGAUGCUGCCGGACACUACGUUGAACUCGAAUGUAGCUAUGCAGUAUGGACCUGCGUAUGGUGUACAGAAAGGUCAACAGCCGGAAAAACAUAUUCGUCAUAUAAGCUUUGACGCCAAUCAGGCUUAUAGUGCACAACAAAAGCAGCAGCAACAGCACAUAAUAUCUGCCAACGGACUUUCCCCUGCGCCAAUCAUCAGCAACCGGACCACAGAGGCAGAUUACGCAAAUGCGACCGUGAAGAAGACUGAGCUCAAUAAUGUUCGUGCGGAGCCUGAUGAGCCGGAAAUGGUUCACCCUUCGCAACCGCCGACUUCAGGUCUCAUCAUCCCACCGUUGCCAUCUGCUGUGAGCAAUGCUGCAGUACAACCGGCGAAACCUAUUCUGGAUCGCGGCGACAGUUUCACAAAACGGAAAGGAGUUGAAGCGGCGAUUGCUGCUCCGGCAAAGCGGACAAAAGAGCAGAUCCAGCAAGCUAAAGAAGAGCGAGCGAAAGAGAAAGCUCGAAGGCAGCAAGCGAAUAAGGAGAAACAGGAGAAAAAGAAGCAAGAACAAGCGUUAAGACGGGCAGAGGAGCAAAGGAAGAUGCAGGAGAUCCGGGAUACGCUGCCUAGAUCCGAGAUGGAGAAGAAGAAUAGCGAGAAUACGGUGGAGGUGUCGGUCAAUCCUGAUAUACAGGCCGAGUUGAGUUACGCGCAGAAGGAGCUGUUGAAAGACUCUGCUUUGGCAUUCAAUGACCCUGCUGGUGCUCCUCAACUAAAGUCUCUGGCGAGCUCAAACAUUAGCCACGGACCGAUGCCGUCCCCGCAGUAUUCACCCUCUGCCAACUCUCCUUUCCUGUACAGUGUCAAUAAGCCGAUCAAGGGCCAGUCCGCCGUGAACACUCCCGUAUCCCUUCCUGACACGGGUGCUAGCGUCUGCGGCAGCGGCGGCAAAAUGUCAGUCAUGGGCGGCAAAAUUGACAAGGAAGAAGAAGUAGUGCAGAAGACCCCGGCGAAUAUCAACGGGAAGCUGAUUUUCUCGCCUCAUCCGCCGGAUCGAACGCCGCCGAAAUAUGUCUCGCCUUCGCUGCCCAACUCUGGAUUCCAGGUCUCGACCCCGCUGGCGUCGACGCUGCCGCUUAUUGUUGGCAAGCCAAAGAUGUCGCCUCAGUCGCAACGAUCUCCUAUGCAGCAGCGGUCGCAGUAUCUGUCAUCGUCGUCACAGGUGGUAAGCUCGUCGCAGUUCCAGUUUGAUCCAAAUGACACCUCCACCCCACAAAACGCGGUCCAUCGAGGUCCAAGUACCAUGAAUGGAAUUUUCGCCGCGCCCAGCCAAUAUAGCCUCUCAUCAUCCUCACAACCGCCCCAGCCUACACCCGAAAGCGAAUCCCGCAACAACCCGAACGAGUCCAAGCAAAACCCAAUCGUCGCUCUCGCCGCGCAGAAAAGGCAAGAAUUCGACCUCUCCGAUUUCCUCGGCACAGACGACACACACCUGCCAGACGGCGGUCUAAGUCUCGACGUCUUCGGAGCACUAGACGAUCCCUCUGGCUCCUCGCCGUUUCCAGAUGCGCAGCGACAGAGCGCCUCUGGCGGACUGCAGAGUUUAGAAGCCGCGCUGUCGGUCGGGAGUGAGGAGAACGACUUGAUUGGUGACGUGUUUAAUAAAAUCGACGAUUGGGGUCGGACGCAGGACUGGAACGUUACCGAGGAGGCUAUGAAGUUGGGUGGGGUGUCGACUAGGGCUUAGAGUACUUCCAUUUCUGUUUUUUUCUGGGUAUCUAUUUUGAUCUAUUGUUUGGGCGCUGGAGCAUGUACUUUAUUGCUUCUUAUUAUCAAUCUGCUUAUUCGGAAAUUGUUUUCUGGGAAUCUACCUUGUUUAUAUAUGUAUCACAUUCAGAUCAACACCGUACGGUCGGACAGGGAAAGGGACAGGGAUGUAUUUGAUUGUUUUCACCGCUGUCUGGGGUGUUCUCUUGUUUUUGGUUAUUUUAU